AUGGGCAGUGCUGCGGACACUUUAGAUGCAGGUGCGUUGGAUCCGGCAUAUUCUGAUCUAGUUUUUGGUGGAGGCGAAGAGCAACAGCAUCUUUCACAACUGGACAAAGCUCCAGGGCUUCAACAAGAAGCAUCAGAUUCAUCCGCAGUUCCGCUAGAAUAUUACCAAGCAAGCGCAGCUGCUGGACAGACGGGUUUUUUUUCUGUAGGCGACGCAUACAGCGGUGAUGCUGCUCUGACCCCGGAGGCCUGGCUCGAUGACUCUGUAGCGAACAUGUAUCCACAAACUUCCCAGCAGAUGGCAGUGAGCACUGUAUGGGGAAAUCCGGUGGUAGAAGAUUUGACAGCUUUCAGCGAUGCAGGUUCUGUGGCAUCGUCCAGUGAAGGUGCAGGUAGAUUUGGCCCUAGGACCGCAGGUGCGGAAGCUGGCAAGGGUAUCAGUGCUGCCGAAGCUUUAGAUGCAAGCGUGUGGGAUCCGGUAGAUUCUGGGCUAGUCUUUGGUGGAGACGAAGAGCAACAGCAUCUUUCACAACUGGGCAAAGCGCCAAAGCUUCAACAAGAAGCCUCGGGUUUCUCCACACGUCCGCUAGAUUAUUACGAAGCAAGCGCAGCUGCCGGGCAGCCGGAUUCUUCUUCUGGUGGCAGCGCAUACAGCAGUGAUGCUGCUCUGUCUCCGGAGGGCUGGCUCGAUGAGUCUGUAGCGAACAUGUAUCCACAAACUUCCCAGCAGAUGGCAGUGAGCACUGUAUGGGGAACUCCGGUGGUAGAAGAUUUGACAGCUUUCAGCGGUGCAGGUUCUGUGGGAACGUCCAGUGAAGGUGCAGGUAUAUUUGGUCCUAGGGCCGCAGAUUCUGGGCUAGUCUUUGGUGGAGACGAAGAGCAACAGCAUCUUUCACAACUGGGCAAAGCGCCAAAGCUUCAACAAGAAGCCUGGGGUUUCUCCACACGUCCGCUAGAUUAUUACGAAGCAAGCGCAGCUGCUGGACAGACGGAUUCUUCUUCUGGUGGCAGCGCAUACAGCAGUGAUGCUGCUCUGACUCCGGAGGGCUGGCUCGAUGAGUCUUUAUCGAACGUGUAUCCACAAACUACCCAGCAGAUGGAAGUGAGCACUGUAUGGCGAAAUGCAGUGGUGGAAACAGCUUCGACAGCUACCAUCGAUGCAGGUUCUGUGGGAACGUCCAGUGAAGGUGCAGGUAAAAUCGGCGCUAAGGUUGCAGGUACAGCAGCUGGAAAAGAUAGGGCGGUGCCGACCGUUCAAAGCAAAGCAGCGCAACGGCGUAAACGCCGGGCACAAGCCGCUGCUGCUGAUUUGGAUGCAGUGAAGGGGUCUGCGUCUGCUCCGGCUGUGCGGGCAACAAGUCGUGGACGCACAGGACAAGCUGAAGAGCCAGACCUUCGUCAGCAUCCUUUUGUUCGGCUGCCAGUGGUAAAUCCUGAGGAUAUCCACAAAAGCUUCCGUGUGGAGAUUGCACUGACACCUAAUUUGAAUAUUUCCAGCCCAAUGGAUUCGUACGUGAUGAUGCGCAGUUUAUUUGGCCAGUCUUCGCUGACGGCUGAGGAGGUGGAUACACUCAUAAAGGAAUCUGAGCUAUUGACGGAUUAUCGGCUUCCGGAAAUAGCAAGAAUGCAAAAAACAGAAGACUCGAACAAGCUGAUUAAUAAACUCAGUUCUGCACUGGCAAUAUACAAGCAACAAAGGCGCCCGGAGCCUAAGGUAAUCAUUGAUAUGAAGAGGACCAUUUUGAACCUGCCAUACAAAGGCACCCAAUUCUCUCACCCGCUGUGGAGGAUGUGGAUACAGGAUGAUAAGGAUUUCUUUGGCUCUAAAGACGAUUCGGAAAGUUCCUCUGACGAUGAAAAGCCUGGUCACGGAGAAACAAAAGAACCGUGA